AUGGGGGAUUAUACUAUUAAGGAUCACGAGGGCGUAGGAAAAAUUCAAAUUCAACAAACAAACCUCAGAGAAAGGGUAGGAAUAGAUCCCCAUCUGUGGCUGGAAGACCAGUUAAGGAAGGCAGGGAACACAUCUCCACAAUUGCACAAAUACACAGUCGAAGACCUUGUGUCCGAGGUUCAUAAGGACAAAAGAAACAUCAAACACCAUGUCCGUGCAUUUCUCCUCGAUCCACAGAGGGAUGACUUCAUCAGCAAGCACAUACAAUCACAUCAUGAUGAAAUGUUGAAGGUUGCCAACGUUAUUGCGUCCCUAAUGUGUACGGCAAGCCUGCCUGACGAUGUUCUUCCAGGAGCAUUAUCAUUGAUGUCCAUUGACUUGUGGCUGGCUGACAUCGCAAAGCAGUGCAAAAUUGCGACAGAUAGCAACAAGCUCACGCUUCCGCCAUUGGCUCAUUGCGUUCUCCUCGAAUUGUCCACUCUCGCUAGUAAAGAUAAGAAUUCAGUGCGCAAUACAUUGCAGGCUAGUAUCUGGGACAAGAGUAGAGACAGCGUUUUGAACCCGGUUGUUCUAUAUUUGUGCAAGCUACGCGGAUCUCAGCCUGGUGCAGAUGACGCCUAUGAAUGUGGAUUUAAGCUUCUAGCACACAUGAUGCAAGACAAUCGGGUGCAGAUUUGA